GUAUUACAACAGUUUUAGAUCGUAGAAACGUCAGAGCAGUGUGUUUUAAAGAAAGAGUUUUGUUGAUUUAAUUGUUAAUAAUAAAUAACACCAUAUUCUUCAAGAGCUGCUGGUGGUGUGCUAGGCAUCGCGAUGCCCGGCUCAUACCGUUCCCUGACAGGUUCGAGCGACGUCUAUCGCUCCACCACCACCGUGCCGGGGGCGGUCGAGCCGCCGCCGACGUCCGCCGCCCUCGGACUGCUGGACGGGGUCAAGAGGGCUUUUAGUUUUGUGUCGGGAUCGUCGGCGGCCAGCAAGGAGCCAACGCUUAUUGACCGAGUCAAUUCCAACCAGACACCCAUCGUCUUCUCACACAGGAUAAAUAGUGCAAACACAAACACAAAUAGAAAAAUGCCUUCUUCCGGUGUGGCUGAAGAGGCAGCCCUCUUAGGCACAAUGCCUUCUGACAGCAUGGACGACAUUGAAUUAAAAAACAUCCAGCUACAAUUCCCAUCUGCCCGCUCGCUAUCCAGAGACGACUCAUCUGCACAAGAAGAAGUAGUGGAAACCGAUCGCGGUAAUUUAGUGGUUGCUGUACAGGGAUCUAGAAAUAAACCGGCAAUCUUGACCUAUCAUGACCUUGGGCUUAACUAUGUUUCCAGUUUCCAAGGUUUCUUUAAUUACAUUGAUAUGAGGGCAUUACUAGAAAAUUUCUGUGUAUAUCAUGUUAAUGCUCCUGGCCAAGAAGAAGGCGCUCAAACACUUCCAGAAGAUUAUAUUUAUCCCACAGCGGACGAGCUGGCAAAUCAACUAAGCUAUGUUUUGUCACACUUCGGACUGAAAUCCUUUAUAGGGUUUGGAGUCGGAGCCGGAGCGAACAUAUUGGCCCGGUUCGCAUUGAACCAUCCGGAACAUGUCUCUGCUUUGUGCCUCGUGAAUUGCGUAAGCACUCAAUCUGGUUGGAUUGAAUGGGGGUACCAAAAAUUAAACGCUCGGCAUCUUCGGGCCAAGGGAAUGACGCAGGGAGUACUAGAUUAUCUUAUGUGGCAUCACUUUGGAAGAAACACAGAAGAUAGAAAUCACGAUUUAGUGCAAGUGUACAAAAGUUACUUUGAGCGUAACGUGAAUCCCACCAAUUUGGCAUUGUUCAUCGAUAGUUAUGUGAGAAGAAACGAUCUUAAUAUUCACAGAGAAAUGGACCCGAACAAAAAGAAGAACGCCAGUCUAGCGAUGCCUGUGAUUAACAUUACAGGAUCUCAUAGUCCUCAUGCCGACGAUACCGUUACAUUUAACGGCCGUUUGGACCCCACAAACUCAUCGUGGAUGAAGAUUUCAGAUUGCGGAAUGGUUUUGGAAGAGCAGCCCGGUAAAGUUAGCGAAGCCUUCAGAUUAUUCCUACAAGGCGAGGGAUACGCCAUACAAGUGGGUCGACGGGCCAGUAGCUGCGUGUCAGUUGAAGUGGCUCCGUUGUCACCAACAAAAAUGGCGUUGUUCCGCAAAACUUCCCUCGAAGAACUGCUCAAAGCUAAAUUCGGUAACGGAGGCCAGUGGCCAACCAACGUUAUACACAUCACUGAAAAUCCGAUUUCGGCUGUUGUCUGUUAAGCUGCUCCAUGUAGCUGUAUUGAAAUUUAUAGGAGAGAUAAAAAAAGUGCAAGGUCUAAAUUUUUCUUAAUUAUAAGUUGCGAACAAAUCAUAAUCUUAGGUAUUAUAUAUAUUAUAACUAAAUAAUUUUAAAGAAUCGGGAUCUAUACAUAUACAUUAGGGUGUCCGUUAUUUUCCACGUUAGAUUUUAUAACUUGGGUAUUAUGUAAAUUAUUUGUUUUCAGUCUUUGGAGUGUAAACAAAUAAAUUAAAUUCAAGUAAAAAAACUCACUUAUAAAAUUUAGAAAAAAAAGAUAAUGAUAACACAUUUUAU